AUGCUCAGGCGCAGUCUCCGUCUGAGGAGACUCAAUUGCGCCCAGCCAGCCUCACGAUUCUCGGUUCCAGCCAUAAGCUGCCGAUUCCAUCCCACCUCGUUAUCACCACAAAGCUGCCCCAGCAUCAGGCUAUCGAGAACCUUCUCACAGCAGUCAUGGCACACUCAUAAAUCCGAUGAUACGACUAGACUCCCGGCUGUAGAUGACACCAUAUAUGCCCUGUCGACCGCUCAGGGCCGAGCUGGCAUUGCUGUGAUUCGCAUAUCAGGCCCAUCGUGUCUUGAAAUUUACAAGGAACUGUGCCCGUCAAAACCGCUACCAAAGCCAAGGUAUGCAACUGUGAGAUCUCUUUAUGACCCAAAGCCUGCCAGAGAUGGACCCAUCGUCCUAGACUCGGAAGCCCUCAUCCUCUACUUCCCCAACCCAAAGACGGUAACGGGCGAAGAUGUCCUAGAAUUGCAUGUCCAUGGCGGAGCGGCUACCGUCAAGGCAGUGCUAUCCGCGAUCCCACGAUGCUCCACAGUCCAGCGUAUCCGAUACGCCGAGCCUGGCGAGUUUACCAAGCGUGCCUUCUUCAACGACCGGCUCGACCUUGCUCAGAUCGAAUCCCUGAGCGACACGCUCGCCGCAGAGACGGAGCAGCAGCGUCGUGCGGCUGUACGCGGCAACUCGGGAGCGCUGGGUCGCCAAUACGAGGCGUGGAGGGAACAGCUGCUACUCGCGCGAGGGGAGAUUGAGGCGCUGAUCGACUUUUCAGAGGAUCAGCACUUUGAUGAGUCCCAGGCAGACUUGCUGCACAAUGUAACGACUCAGGUUGCAAGGAUGCUACACAGCAUCGAGCUGCAUGAGCAAGGAAGCCAGCGGAGCGAGCUCCUGAGGAAUGGGAUCCGAAUUGCGCUGCUGGGGCCACCCAACGUCGGAAAGUCGUCCCUCAUGAACCUCAUCGUCGGACGGGAGGCAUCCAUCGUGUCCGGGGAGGCUGGCACGACCCGCGACAUCAUCGAGGCCAGCCUGGACAUCCGUGGCUAUUUAUGUUCGUUUGCGGACACGGCAGGAUUUCGCUCCAACGGCUCUGGGACGACCAACGGGGCUGGCGGUGGCGCAAUUGGGGCCGUGGAAGAGGAGGGAAUCCGGCGAGCGAAGCAAAAGGCCAUGGACUCGGAUCUGGUCAUUGUGCUGGCGUCGGUUGAAGAUAGUCCUAGAGGAUCAUUUCUGCAGUACGAUGAGGAAACUUUGGACCUGGCUGCGGGGGCCGAAGAUUGUCUUAUUGUGGUCAACAAGCGGGACGCAGUUGACGCUGGGCAGUUCGAGAAGCUCGUCAAGGAAUUCCGUCGGACCGUCUCUGGAAAGGCCCCCAAGCUAGCGGCGGCUGAGCUCGUGUCCAUCUCGUGUAAGGAGGCUCAGACGUUGGGAUCGGAGAGCAAGGACCCAGGCGGCGUCCAAGCGGUGAUGGACCAGCUCGUGGGGUCCUUUGAGAAGAUGACAUCCAUGCCCGUCGAUCUCCAGGAUCUGCUGGGGGUCACGGAGCGGCAGCGGCAGCUCCUGGUCAAGUGCCGGGGUCACCUGCAAGAAUUCAUGACCGAGGCCACGCCGGAGGAGGGCAUGGACGCGGACACGGUGCUCGCGGCCGAGUACCUCCGGUACGCUGCGGACUGCCUGGCUCGGAUCACGGGGCGCGGGGAGUUUGGGGACGUGGAGGAUGUGCUCGGGGUUAUUUUCGAGAAGUUCUGUGUUGGUAAAUGA